AUGUUAGUACCAAAUUUAUUUAAAACAUUAAAAUAUUCAAAUGUUAUUAGAUUAAGAAAAUAUCUAAGUACAAUAAUUGAUAGAAACCAAGAUGAAGUUCAAUUUAAAAUUAAUUGUAAUUCAAACCAUUCUGAGAAAUUUAACUGUUGUAUUAAAAAUGGACUCACUUCUAAUGCAGUUCUUAGUAAUGAAUGGAUUUUCAAAAUGAAUAUCGAUAAUUUAAAUAAUGGACUGAAAUUACUCAAAAGAUGGAAUCCUAAAAAAAUGGAUGAUUUGUUUGUACUUCUUCAAAUGCCUAUGACAAAACUUGUAUAUCUUACAAAAAAAACCCAUUUAGAAUCAACAAUUGUGCCACAUGGAAAUAGAGUCUAUUAUUUUGCCUCUACUUUUGAGAAAAAUCCUCAAGAAGUAUGUUACCACUUGAUGCAUUACAAAUUUUUAUUCACACGGAACUUCACAACUCUUCACCACAUCUAUCAAAUUUUAAUUGAAAAUAAUGUUGAUAAGAAUGAUAUUUGGAAAGAUACUUGGAUAUUUAUGUACAGCAUUGAUCAAAUUAAACACAGAAUUUCUCUUACUAAAACAGCAAAUUUAACAAUUAAGCCCUGGAUGUUACGGUGUAAAACUGAAGUAUAUGAAAGGACUGUAGAGAUAAAACAAGAAAAUAGAGUUGUUCUCAAUAAAGACUCUACUGCACAAUAUUUAGCUAAAAGACUGAAAGUACCAGAAAAAACUAUUCGCUAUAUUAGUUCAAAAUAUCCUACAACAUUGAGAGUUAGUCCUACUAAAUUGAAAGAAAUAUUAGAUUUUCUUCUCAAAGAAGGAUAUAGACCUUCACACAUACUGAGUACUCCACGUGUAUUUACUCACAGUAUUUCUACUCUACAGGAACGAUUAACUGAGUUGAGAGAUCUUGGUGGUGAACCUACUUUGACUGCCUUAUGUAAAAACAAAACAACUUAUCAAGAAUUAGUUAAUAAAUUAAUUUUGAAAAACACUAAAGGAUAUAUUUAA